UUAAUUGCCCUUCUUCACCUCAUUCCAUUGGGUCCCUGUAGCUGCCUGCAUCAAGUUCAAGUCUUCGCUUGCCUGUUGAGUAACCAGUGGAAUUUCGGCCGCCUACAUGGAAUCAUUCAUCAGGGCUGGUCCCUGCAGAUCUGCGAGUGAACAACACUUAGGCUAAUGUUACCACCACCAUGUGCUACUAAGGCCCUGUCCACAUGUGUAUAGAUAUUUUUGAAAAUACAGUUUUACUCCUUUGAUUUUUUUUUCUCCCCUGUCAAUUUCCAGCCACUAGUCAGCUCUCCCCAUAUGACAGCUACCGUCUAGGGAAGAUGAAGGUUAAUAAGUUUUUCCUUCAAGAAACCUGAAACCAGCCAAAUGCAGCUUUUUCACCCUUUUUUUGCACACUUCUACCCUCUUGCAUUACACACUUCUACCCCACAGUGGAUGCCACUGAAAAAAUUCUAUCCACACAAACAGCGUUUCCGAAAAUUUGUUCGUCUACAUGAAAACAUGAUUGAAAACACUGACAUGAGCAUGUCAGCCCAGUUAUGGUAUAUCAUAAAGUAUUAUGUCAAAUGCCUCAACAAUAUCUUUAUUAAGAGUAUGCAUACUGAACAGUAGAGAAGGCAAAAUCUGGGAAAACACCAACAACAUUAAAGGUUCUAACAUUGACAAACACUGACAAACACAAGGAUUCGUCUGUGUGGGCUAACAGUGAAGUGGAACUAUUGCUUAAGAUUACACUUGAAUACAAAGUGGGUCUUUUUCAAAAUCUCCAUUGUGGUUUGUACCUGUAUUAGGAUUUAAUCCCAAGUGGGCACGCCUUUAAAUAUGAACCAACCACUGUGCUUGUGCCGGGAUUUAGCCUGAGAUGGAGUUUACCACCUGAUUUGAGCUGCAUUCUCAAACAAUCCAAGAAGUCCAUGUCCCAGCAUCUAUUCUUAAUCAGAUGCCUUGUGAACCUUUUUGGCAAUCUUUCUUUUUUUUAAAAAAAAAAAAAAAAAAACAACUAAUGCUAGCUUUUGUUUUUCAGCAGCAGAAUUAUCUGGAUUAAAACUUACAAAAAUAUGAUCAGAUCAGAAGUGCAAAUAAAGCAAUUCCAAAAUGAACUAAACAUGGGCACUGCUGCGCACUGUAAGUAGAAGAGAGAUGUUUUCAGUUCCGUUUAGGAUCCGUUAGUAUCCUUAUAUUACCUGGUUUUAGAGUCCCGUUAGGUUUAGAUUCAGAUUUAAAUUGAGGGUUCAGUGUGCAGCGACUGAAUGUUCAUAUAUUUAGACAAACCUGGAUUCAGAAUUAAACUUGGUUUUGGCUUCAGAGUGUGUGAGAAGCCUCUCCCUGAUAGUUGUUGGACAGGUGUAGAGCUUUGUAUGGCAUGCAGAAUGCCCCAGAGACAUACUACAGUUGUACCAGUCAGUAAAAUCCAGAUGUGUAUGUAGCACAUGCCUCUACUGCCUAAUUACACCAGUGCGUAUUUUCCUAUGUGACUCUCUCCAGCUUUUUUUAUUUCCUACACUGAGGCAUGUAGUACACUCUAACUUCACUGAAGCCACACUUAUGGAAACCAGCCUUCUGAGCACAGCUGAGUUUCAGCAGGCAGCAUUAAACCUGUACUCUUUUCAUUUACAACACAUAGCAAUCACUUCUACUUCAUAUUAAUUCAACUGUGACUUCAAUUUGUCUUCUUUGUACAAGACCAGUAGAGUGUAAAUAAACCACUGACAACUAUUUCCUUAGAACAUAACUAUUUCCUUACAUUAUCAGAUUACAUUAAACAUAAGUAACUCAUAUUUUCUUUACUUAGUGGCGCGCACAUGUAGUUACAGAAGAUUUGUCAUGAAUUCCUCAUUGGGGAGGACUCUGGAUUGUGAGUGUUUGCUUGGAGUACGUGGUGACAUGAACAAUCCUUCCAAACAGAAGUGGAAGGAAGGAUAAAAUUAAUGUGAUGUUCUGAGUGAAUUAUCGGCAUCCUUCCUGAAAUUGAGCUAAAAUGAGUGUUACAUGAAGUGAAAAUUUGAAUUUACGCACAUAGAAGCUGUAUAGUUUUAUUUUAAUCUUUUUUUUAUAUUUUGAGAAAAUUGUGCAAUCUCCUGGCAGAAGCAAUACGUUUUCAGCAAAAAUAUCCUGAUACAUAGUAGAAUUCAUGAUGCCGUUGAUCUUCUCUAGAUCCACCAGCUGCAAAACAGCCCCAAAGCAUUAAUGAUGCACCUCCAUAUUUUAUCCCUUGCAUUAACUUCUUUAUAAUACUCUUUCACUGAACAAACUGAUGAAGUGUUGAUCUGAUAACAACACAUUUCCAACUGCAGAUCCAGUGACAAAAGUUAACUUUAAGUUCACUUGGAGAUGCUCUAGUGCUUAUUUUUUAUGAAGGUUGUGUGUAUUAGCUGAUUUUAGAGUGUAACAGUAUGUUCAUGCUCCCACUUUCUGACAGAUUUUCAGUUGUUUCUGACUUGAUUUGUGUUUAGUCGUAACUUUAACAGCUCAUGUAUUUUUAGAUCCAUUACCCGACUUGUGCAGGUCAACAGCAGUCUUUCUCUUUGUGUUGAAAGCUCUUUGUUACAUGUGAAGGUGUUUUAUAAGUAAACAGCCUCAUAUUUAUACCCAGAUUUUACACUGCCAUGAUAUUCAGAACUCCUGCAGAGUAAUAUUUUUUACAGGAUAACUAUUUCGUUUGUUUUUAAAUAUUCUUUCAAUAUGCCAAUAAUUUAACCAAAUGUGUUUGGAGAGAAAAUACUAUUACUUAGAAAAGAAUUGUCAGUUGUGUGUCAGCAGGGGUACAAUAGUUUUGCGUGCAUGUUUGUCAGCACUGCGGAAUUAUGGCAGCUAUUAAUCAAUUAAGAAAACAGAUGUAUGUUUUUUUUAGACUUUUUCUCUCCUCUCGACAAGUUGGCUCAGGUUUUUGGGAAUUUGGCUGCAUUCUUCUGUGAGCUUUCUUUGGUUUUCAAUAGUCAUCUUUCAACAUUGUGAAAUGGGCCCAUCCUGUCAUCUCCGUCACACUCAUCUAUUGACGCUUAGUCAGUAUGUGUCAUUGACUUUUUGUGUGUAAAAACAACAGAGAGGCAUUGUUAUGUUGUGCAUGGGCCUGACAGCCUGCUUUGAAUGUUUUGUGAAACUUUUGUGCUUUGCUUCACUGUUUUAAUAGACUUGAGUGCACUAAUUACUAAUUACACUAGGAUUAUUGUUCUGCCUCCUAGUUUCUGCAGUAAAGUCAAAGCUCUUGAGGCCUGAGUCUAUGUUUAAUACAAAUUAUGGAAGUGAUCCACUUUAUUUUGCACAACUUGUGGAGAAAUAAGGAAGUGGGACCAACCAACUUCAGAGUCAUGUUUUCCAUGUCUUAUGGCUGCUGUUAGCGAGAAGUGUCUGAAGGGAAGAAACCUAAUCAUGAGACAUAAAACAUCACCAGAAGCUUCUGUUCAAAAAGAGGAAUGUUGUUGUACAAUGUUCAGCACACUGGUAGUAUAACACUAGCUUUGUUAGCUUGCCUUGCUUUGUUUUGAGGUUUGAGGAGGAGAUGUUAUUUAAAGCAAGUGUCAGUGAUUUGCAAAAAAUGUCCAGUCUGUGUGUUAUGGAAUACCAUUUUUUUCAGAAUUAAAUAAACAUAAUAUAAAUGAAUAAGUGCAGCAGUAAAAAAUCGAAUGAGUCAAUAUAUUGUGAAAUAAUUCAAUAAAUAAAUAAUACUGUCUUUGUUAUAAAAUAUUUUAUAAUAUUCAUUUUUAUAAUAUCACAUUUCUGUUCCUUUUUAAUUCAUAAUAACAGGUUUUAUUUCAAAAUGGCCUUUUUCAUUUCAAAAUGAGACUUUUACUUCAUAAUGGCACUUUUAUUUCAUUCUGUUGUAAUCUGUCAGUCAACGCCAGUGUUGGUGGGCAAGAGAAGAUCAGUGGUUGCUCACACAUUCAGGCCAAAGCAACAUUCUCCAACAAGCCAUCCCUUGGCUUGGUAGACCAGAUAACGCAAAUGUGUUGAGCAUUUCACCUGGAAUUUCCAGAGCCGGACGGCCUGCGCCUGUGCUUGAGGAGACUUCCUCAUGAGCAUCUUCCAAACGCAGACAGUGCGCAGUCAGUCUUAAACGAAUGACUACUUCAUUGUCAAUACCUAGACCUAUAUCUUGAAGAGCACGUAUCCGCUCGAGCAUUUCUAACAAAUCUUCAAUGCGGGUCAAAAUAGCAUCAGCUCUUAAAUCCUGUCUUAUCUAUUUGAUCAAUUAAAGAAAGUAUCACAUCUCGGUACUCUCUGAAACCUUCCAUGUGGUUCCAUGUGCCUGAAAGCUAGCAGAACUUCACAGCUUCGCUAGAAACAUACCGCCAGCUCCAGGCAAAAUAAUCAAUAGAAAAGGAUUAGCCAAUCACAGCCCCAUUGUGUUGUGUUAACAGAUUACAACAGGAUGAAAUAAGUGUCAUUGUGACUUAUGAAAUAAGUCUCAUUAUCAAAUGAAAAAGGGCUUUAAAAGUAUUUAUAUUUAUAUUGCUGCAUUUAUUCAUGACUUUCAAAACCAUCGUUGUGAAAUAAACUUCAUGAAAAAAUAUUUUAUAAUAAUGAGUUCAGAGUUGCUUAUUUAUUGAAUGAUUUCACAAAAUAUUAUUUAUAUAUCUAUUGCUGUGUUUAUUUAUAUUGCUGUGUUUAUUUAUAUUGAAGGCAUGUUUAUUUAUUUAAUUUUGAAUAAAUUGGUAUUCCAGUGUGUGACCCCUACGUGACCAUCUGCAUGUGAAUUUAUGUGCAACUCCUAUGACUUUAACAUGGCUGUUGUUUAAUCUCUGUCACACACACACUCAGAUGUACCAUGAACAGACAGUAUUUUUAACAGAUGUUGGUAGGUUAAUCUUCCCGAGCUCUUCUCUUGCAGCUUCCUCACGAUAAUGUUUGCGCCUGAUAAGAUUAGAGCAAAGGAUAAUUCCUUGUAUGCAGUUGGAAAAAGUCACUCCACAAAAUCAAAAUGUCCAGGGGCUCACUUCCUCAGUAACUGGUCACUCGCAGUACGUGAAGAGGUGGAAACUGACAGGAGCUUUAACAGUGCGUCUCUGACAGCCUCUCCUCUCAUGCAUUUAUCUCGUCACAGUAGCAGUGCUGGCCAUCAGCCACAAGUAGCAGUUCUGUUGGUUUAUCUACAUCUUCCAUUGCGAGAUACUAAUGUUCCCUUUUAACUCAAGUAAUUAUUUUAGUAAAGAAUACAUAACCUGUGAAAAGUAUUUUAUUGUCUGAGUAGCAGAGAUAGACACUGCGUUCUUAAAGUUCUUGAGACAUUGUGUAAAUUACAUAAAGAAUCAAAUGCGGUAGCAUUGAUCAAAGUUACACUGUUACUCAGAUCUUUCUUGUUGUUAGUAGGAGCACGUUUUGUUUUUUGAGUAAUAAUGGAGUUUCUUAUGCAGUUAUUUAUGCCUCCACUGCCAAGUGGGGUUCGGGUUGUCCGUCCAUGAGUCCAUCUGAGAUUCUCGUUAGCACGAUUUUCAAGAACAAGUGGUUGAAUGUUUGUAUGAUUUCUGUGGAAUUAUCAUAGUAACCAGCAGAGGAAAUGAUUAGAUGUUGGAAUUUAUCCAAACAGGGUCAGGCUCACAAAAAGGUCAAAUGUCUGAAAUAGUUUUUCUUCAAGGACUAGACUUGUUGGUAGUGGUGACAUCCCUGUGGACCAAGUUCUAUUUGUUAUCAUUUAACUGGGAGUUUAGUUUAAAUUGCAAUGGGACAACUCAGAGAUGAAUCAUACCAAUGACUCUUAUACUAUGUUAUUUGAACAGACAGCAACAAAAGGUCGCCUGUUACUACUUAAAAACAUGUAUCAGGCUGAGUCAAAUUUUAAUUUUAUACAGACAGCAGAGCUUUUCUUAGUACUGGGAUCCCAUGGAGCCAGCAAAAAAGUCACAUGUAUAGGCAGUUUUUAAUUGAAGCAAGUAAGUUCAUUAGAAAAUAUCACAGGCAGGUACAAAUUAAAAUAAUAACUGUGGGAGCAAGCAGUUGAUUGGUCAGACUUUCUGCAGCAGUGGGCAGGAUUGGGAUUAAAAAAAUAUAUAUUACUGAAAUUUGUAUUGAGAGUAAAAAUCAAAUCUGCAAAGGUCUAGUGUCCCAUCUGGGGUGUGUGGUGUGGGCUCCAGACCCACUGUAACUUUUACCAGGAUAAAGCAGCUACUGAAAGCAAGUGAGGUGAGUAAAAGUCAAAUCAACCUGAAAUGCACUGGGAACUGUUCAGCUUUAAAUUUCUAACCAAAAAAAAACAGCAAACUAAGAAAGAAAGAAAGAAAGAAAGAAAGACCAAUGCAAACUUUCUCAAUAUUUGUAUGAUAAUAUUAAUGCUAAAAGAAAAUUGGGAAAUGGAAGCAGCCAGCAGAGUGGUCUAUGCUAUAUAUUAAAAUGUUUUUACUUAUUGCAGUGUUUUCGGAAUUAGGAAGUGAGAUGCCCGAGUGGUUUCAUUAGUGCCAGCCUCAGUCAACACAGAUCCUCCUGCUCCAUCUUACAUGCCUAGUGCAAGAUCCUGGUGUGGAGUUUGUUUGUCUUUCGUGUGAAGUUGGGCGAGUGGGGUGUGGGGGGGUCGUGGGUGUUCACUAAAGAAUGUAGAAGGAGAGCUUUUACAGAACCGAGGCAAUUAUAGUCAUGCCAGCUGUAUGUUGUCUCUGCAAACAUAAACAAACACGACCGUCGUCUUUACAUUCAUUCUGAGCUCUCAAUUUACGAUCGUUUCCAGAAAAUACCUUUUCUUUGUUUUCCUGUUUCUUUCCCCUCUUAGGAUUUAAUUGAAGAGAUGUUCUCAAGGCUCAGGGACUUUAUGUACUGAAAGGUCUUUGUUCGUCUGCAGUGAGUAGCAUUAGGUCGGGAAAAUGGUAAUUCCAUGCCACAUUCUUUCUCAGGACCGUGUCUUAAAGCAAUCUUAUCUCUUUGUGUCGGCAGAGUUGUCCCUGUCAGUCCAUGCCAAAAGCCUAAAGCACACUCAUCUCAUCAAGACUCAAUCUCAUCGGGUGCAGUGAUGCCUUCAGCUCUGUGGAAUUAUCAGACUCUGAGAGCUUUGUUAAAUCACUGCCAGGUGGCUAACUUUUAACACUGGAUGCUGUUUAUCUAAAGGGAAAGGCAGAAUUUCCUAUCUGUCACUAUGAUUUACAUAUGUAGAAAUGAAGAACUAUCUGGUAGAUCCACUGACCUGUGCUGGCCCAGCGCAGGGAAAUGUAUGUGUGGGAGCGCUAUGGGAAGUAUGAUCUGAGCGAUCCAUUCCUGGCCCUGCAGAGGGACAACGAGGCUCUUCGGAGCUCUGCUCAGGGCAGAGGAAAUGGCGCAAGUUGUUCACAGAGACGAGAGACAGACAGCAGGCGCUCUGAUCCACUGACCAUGCUCAGGCUGGUGGUGGGACACUGCAGGAGAAUGCAGGAGAAGAUGCUGAAACAGCUUGCAGCUGCCGAGAGCAGGCACAGAAGGGUCAUUGCAGACUUAGAGGAGGAGAAGAGGAGGCAUGCUGAGGAUACAGCUGAGGGAGAUGACGUCACGUGCAUCUUAGAGAAAGAACGAGAGCGCCUCCUACAGCAGUUGGAGUUUGAAAAGUCAAAGUUCUCCCGCAUGGAGAAGGAGAACAAGCGACUGCAAGCUCAGCUGGAGGAUGAACGAGUACAGCACAAGCAGCUUAUGGCAGCACUGGGGCGUGAGUGCAAACGCUCAAGCUUGCGUGCCCAUGAGGAGGGACAGCGUGCCAGUGAGCUUAGUCGCCGCCUGGAGCGCCAACGUGCCACCAAUCAAAGCCUGAGGGCAGAGCUUGAGGAGGAGAAGAAGCGUGCCAUGCAGAUGGAGGCAAGGAGGGAAGAGCUGCUGGCUGAGUUCGAUACAGAAAGGGAGCAGCUGGGUCUGCGGUUAAGACGGGAAGAGGCAUGCAGCAGUGCUCUGCAGGCGGAGGUGGAGAGGCUGAGGAGAGAGGUACGACAGCUCAGGGGAGAGGAGGACAAGGAGGAGCAUAGUAGCGAGUUUAGGGAGGUGAGAAACGGUUCAGUGGAGGGUGGAACAGAAGAAUCAGACAUGAUCCAGCUGAAGAUUAACGGUCAUCAGUCUCCAGUAGAGGAAGGAGGGAGUGGCUUGAGACAGAGGAAUGAGAAUGGAGAAGAAAAUGGAGCUUUUCAUUCCACACUAAACCCUGACCAUAAUGAACUGACUAAUGGGAAGAUGUCACCUGCUAAUCUGAAUAAUGAGAGUCCUUCAACCUGUGGCACAGGCUCCUCUCCCGAGACAAGGUCUUCCUCUAGCCUACAGGCUGCUUACCAGGCUGGGAUCCAGCAGCGUUUCCAUGCGGCACGUCACAAAUUCCAGUCUGUUGCCGAGCAAGACCCCCAGCUGGGCUCACCUGUCCCUCAGGCGCCUCGUGACUUUUCACCCACUGCCACCGCAGAUCCUCCAGCAGAGUGCAACUCCAAACAGGCAGGCCGCAGCACAGUGACUCAGGCUCUCAGCCGCUUCAGCACCAAAACACCCUCAACACCCAACAGCUCACCCUUUGGCACAGACUACCGUGCCCUGGCCCCGUCAGGCGCUCUGUCUCCUGGAAUUCGCUCUCCCACAAUCCCCAGGGUUGAUAGGGGCAUCCCUCCACCCAUUCCCCCUAAGAAACCGGGCCUGGCUGAGACCCCACCCUCCCCUGCCACCCUCCGAGCUGCCCACAUGGCUCAGAUAUUAGCCGGAUGUGGGAGUAAAAGCACAGAAAACAGCAAAGAACCAGAUCUGCUGUUGUCUUCCAGCAGCUAACAAGCACACCUUAGUCAACCAGUCACCAGUUCUGCAGAGGCAUCUGGAUUUUUUUUUUUUUUUCAUUAUUUCAGAUCAUCAUGUUUAUGCCUGCUAAGAUAAUACCAUUAAUCACAGACUUCAUUAUAUGAUAAGUCAUAUCAUAUUAGAUGUACGCUAAGUAAGGAAUAACAAAUGACAGGCCAUGCUCUUAUACGAAAGUAAUCCAUGCCUGGGUGGUGUGACACCAUGAUGCCACCCGGAAGUGGAUUAUUUUCAUAUAACAGCAUGGCCAGAAGAGUGUUCUUCCACGUGCACCGCAGCAAUUUGCCAUCAGUGACAUUUUUUUAUUUAUUAAUAAAAGCUUUUUAUAGUUAGAUUUAGUGGUAUGGAACCUCUGUGAGUUCCUGUUAUCACUUAUCAUGUUAUAAGAACUAUAAACAGUCAUUAGAUCACCAGCCUCCUUCUUUUUCUUUCUCUUGAAGUUAAUAAUACAAAAAAUGCAGCUUGUCAUGUUAGAGAGAAACCGGAAAGUGUCCUCUGUCCUGAAGACUUUUACAAAGACUUUUACAAGACCUUGAUUAACCGUUACAAAGUGUUGACACUUGAGACUCCUUCCAUAAAUGUUGUAUAAACGUCACCUAACAGAAAACAUCAGCAUAUCAGCGAGUAUAGGUUUACCUUUGAGCAUCCACCAUAUAAUUCUCAGUGAAUGAGCUGUUAGUAAAGAAAUGAUAAUGGAUUAGAACUAUGGCAUUAGUCUAAGCCAUCAUUUAUGUUACAGCUGAACUACUGUCAGAGCCACGUUAUAGAAAAUGAUUCCACACCUUCUGCUUUGAGAAUGCAACUAUGCUGAGGUGUAAAUCACAGUAUUUAACAUCCAUAAUAUUUUUACUCUGCAAAUUUCAAAGAUCAGUAUCAAGGUUUUCUUUUGGCUCUGUUUGUCUGAUUAGACUGCUCGAUGUCCAUGUAAACAUGGAAUAAGUUUUAAAGUAGUACCUGUGAUAUUGACACAAAAAAGAUUACUCACAUUUUUGCUUCCCACAUUAAAACACUGUUGCGCUUUGGUGUUGGUAAUUAUUGUGUUAAUUAUAAAAGAAGACACUGAGGGUUUUUUGUACUUUUUAGAAAGUUAUGUUCAGUCAGAGGUAAGCUGAACAUUUAUACAGUUACCAUUUAUUAUGGUUCUUUGCGUAUAAUUGUGUGUGCUCAUCAUAUGCUUAUGUAUUGUAUAUGGUCCUCUUUGAGUAGGUUUUCAUAAAUUCUUACACUUUGGAUGCAUAGCACAAGUUGUUUUUUCAAAAGAUUAUUGUCAUAUAUUUGUAUCUGAAAUAUUUUCUAGUUUAUACACUGUAAUGUAUGUUUGUGACAGUUUCUAUGCAGUAGACGAACAUGCUUUUAACAGCUUUUGUAAUUUGUGCAUAUGUAUAUAAAAUAUUAUAAACCGACUAUUAAGUUCUGCUUUAAUGCUAUAACUUUGUGAAAUCACAUAAGGUAGCACAACCAUAAUAUUUGGAUGUUUAUGUCUGAGGUUCACGCUUAUUAGUGUAUUACUUUAUUUUAUACACUGUUAAUGAUUUUGUUCUUAAUGUUGGUCAGUUACCCAAUCCAGUGUAUUCCAUAUCAGUGUUAUACAAUAAUAUAAUGUACUAUAAUUGUAUAUGAGUUAGGAUAGGAUUCCUCUGCAUAUUAAAUAUUUGGUCAUAGCAUCAAAUACAUGAAAUAUAUGAAACCCCUUUACUCAUGAUUUUUUUUGAUCUCUUGAAUCAAGCCACCAGGGGGAAGCAACUGAUUAGCUCAUGGUAAAGGUCCUUUAUUCUGACUAUUUUAAUACUGGCUUAUAAGAAAACAAACACUUUAAGCUGGCACCACUAACUGUCCAAUACUGCUGUCGCAGAACUAAGUGUGUGAAAAAUGUGUGAACUUCACAGGCAUCCAUGUGAGACUAACAGACUAGGAGCCUCUCCCUAAAUCCAUAAUCCCCUCGUUAUGUUUCUCCGGGUGUGUAUAUGUGACAUGGGAGACAGAGAAGCAAACAUGCAUGAAGUAUGCGCUGCUCUGCUUCCCUGCUCUAGAGCUCUUACUAAUGACCAAUUGUGUGUGACUUUCCAGAGUAUUUAGUUUGGAAUUAAACUGAAGAAAUUUUACAACCAAAUACCACAGAUGGAAGAUAUUUCAAUGAGGCAUUAGCUUUUAGAUGCAGCACUGUCCCUUAAUUUUUAUAUUCUGUUCAGGACUAAAAGACCUAUUGUAUUUUUUAUAUAAGGGGGAAAAUACUAAAACCAUGAAUUAAUUUUCCAACAUGAAAAUUAAUGUGCCUGACUCAAUUUCUGUUUUCACUUAAAAAUCAGUUUUGUUGGUUGUAUUUAUAUUACAGAGAUGAUGUAUAGGUGUAAAAACGAGUGGGCUACAGUUAACUCCAGAGAAUGGGCAGAAAUGAUUGUAUAAAAUAAACAUUUCCACUAAAA